UGGGUGUGGGUGUGGGUGUGGGUGUAGGGAGGACUUGGGCUUUGGUGCGUGGGAGUGGAAUUAGCCAAAAGAUGGUGAACGAGAAGGAGAAGAUUAUUAGUAUUAGCCCUUCUCUUCUUUACCACCUUCACCUUCUUUAUUUUCUUCCUCUCAUUACCCAAACUUCUCUAACCCUAGAAGAAGAAUCCACUCCUCCUUCUCUUGUAACCCUUUGUUACGCCAUUGAAACUAGACCUCAGCCCUUUUCCUUUCCUUCCUUUCUUUGUUCUCUCCUGCGAUUCUUUCUUUUUCUCUUGUUUUGCUUUCUGGGUUUUGGCUCUUUCUUCUAUUUGACAGAAGAAGGUUCACGAUUUCCCUUUCCCCCCCGGGGGUGACGCCUGGUGCUCGGAUUGUCUUCGACCCAGAAGAGUAGCAUUGUGAAAAGAACCAAGUAUAUAGAAUUGUAUUCUUCUGAUGGAAGAGUUUGGGGCUGCUGCUCGAUUUGAUGGUAUCAAUGUUGCUGUGAGGAAGAAGAGGAGCCAAGCUUGUCGUCGCCCUCGGCCUGAUUCACAGCCUAAUGCUGAAAUUAAUGAUGAUUCACCCAUGUCUUCAACACCACCUUUUGAUGAUACAAAUAAGGCAUCUAGUGAUGACAUUGUUGGUUGUGAUUCAAAUUCAAAUGGGAAAGAAUUUAGUCUUAAUCAUUGUGGAUCUACUGUUUCUCAUUCUAAUGGUGAUGAAGAUGAUAAACUCCAUAAAAUGGAUAUAAAUGAUGGUGGGUUUAAUUCAUAUUAUAGUAAUGAGCAUGGACGAAAUGGGUUUAGUAACAAGCGUUCAAGUGAAGGUGUCCUUGCACCAGCGAAUUGGAAAAGCACGAAUGCAAUUAAAGAUGGCGUUGAAUCAGAAUUAAGAAAUUCUGAUGUAAGUAGUGGAUGGAAUGGUGAAAGCUCCACUUCUAAGCAGUCAGGAGAUGGAUUUGGAAAUGAAAACAAGGUUAAAAUGGUUAAGUUAAAGGUUAAUGGUGUGACACGUACAAUUCAAGCCAACUCUGCCUCCAAUGGAGUUUCGGGGGUUGCUGAAUCCUCUUCAAAGAGUUCUCGGCAUUCAGAUGCUUCUAAACUGCGGCAUAAGCAGGCAAAUAACGGUGACAUUUCCUCUUCGGAUAAAAAGAGUGGCCUACAAGGUAUUCCUUGGAACUCAAGAGCUGGUUUUAGUCUUGGUAGGGAUGAUUCUAUGAUGGGAAAGGUUUCUCGUAAGAACACCUCUGGAAAGGAGGAGGAGAAGUCGGUGCGCAAGAGCAAGCGGGUUCCAAAAAGGCGAGUACUUGAUGAGGAGCUUGGUGAUGAUGAGGAUGAUGAAAUUCGGUACCUGGAGAAACUUAAGACAUCUAAGGUAGCUGCAGUUUACAAAGAAGACGAUGAAGAUUUCAGCAGGAAACAUAGAAAACUUUCCAUGGUUUCAAGCAUUGAAAAUGGUGGUGCAUCAAGGUCAGGUGGUAAAGAUGGGAAGAAAAAGUCUAGAAUAGACGGAGUAUCUGGGGACAAUGAUUACGAGGAUGAAGAAGAUUCAGCAUCUGAUGGUGAACUUGAUGGUAGUAAGAAGAGGAAGAAGCCGAGGAAGGAAUCUGUAGAUUCAUUGAUGGAUGGUAGGAGGGAAACGACCCUGACAACACGUCAACGGGCCCUGCAGUCCAGCAAAGAUUCAUCAGCAGCACCUGGUGCUAGCUUUAUCGAGUUUCCAAAUGGUUUACCACCUGCUCCAUCAAGAAAGCAAAAAGAGAAGCUUACAGAGGUGGAGCAGCAGCUGAAGAAAGCCGAGGCUGCCCAGAGACGUAAGAUGCAAGUAGAGAAGGCCGCUCGGGAAUCUGAGGCUGUAGCAAUUAAGAAAAUCCUUGGACAAGAUUCUAGCAGGAAAAAGAAGGAAGAUAAAAUAAAGAAGCGUCGGGAGGAAUUGGCGCAGGAGAAGAAUGCUAAUGCUUUGUUAAAUGCAUCACACACCAUCAGAUGGGUGAUGAGUCCUACUGGGACUGUAGUAACCUUCUCCAAGGACAUGGGUCUCCCAAGUAUUUUCGACCCGAAGCCUUGCGGUUACCCUCCUCCACGGGAAAACUGCGCUGGUCCUUCGUGUAAAAAUCCAUACAAGUACAGGGAUUCCAAGUCAAAGCUUCCUCUUUGCAGCCUCCAGUGCUACAAAGCUAUGCAGGGAAAGAUGGUACCUGAAACUACCUGCUGAUGCAUCCGUCUAUUCUUGCACAUUUUUAUGUUAAUAUUAUAUUAUAUACCCUUCUUUAUAUCUAUAUCUAAUCUAUAUAGCACUCUGAAAUUGGAGGAUGGUGAGACUGAGCCGUCUUUGUUGAGUUGCAACUCUUUUAACAUGUUUUUUGAUCGAUUCCUCAGUUGAUGUAAUUAGCUUAGCUUUAGUUCCUUUUAUAUAUAUAUAUGUAUGUAUGUAUGUAGUUAGAUAAUAAUACUUGUUAUUAGUAUUUUUUUAGGGAGGGUUCUUAAAACCUUUGCGGCACUCUGUUGUUCUAAUUUUCCAAAGUGAGGAUUAUGCAUGUGUUUAUGAGCCAAAGGAAUAUAUUAUGUUAAUGACUAUUUCCACCCAUUUGAUUCACUCA